AUGGGAGCAAUCAGACAGGUCAAUGGGAGCAACCAGACAGGUCAGUGGGAGCAACCAGACAGGUCAGUGGGAGCAACCAGACAGGUCAAUGGGAGCAACCAGACAGGUCAGUGGGAUCAACCAGACAGGUCAGUGGGAGCAACCAGACAGGUCAGUGGGAGCAACCAGACAGGUCAGUGGGAGCAACCAGACAGGUCAGUGGGAGCAACCAGACAGGUCAGUAGGAGCAACCAGACAGGUCAGUGGGAGCAACCAGACAGGUCAUUGGGAGCAACCAGACAGGUCAAUGGGAGCAACCAGACAGGUCAGUGGGAUCAACCAGACAGGUCAGUGGGAGAAACCAGACAGGUCAGUGGGAGCAACCAGACAGCCCCCUCCACCCACCAAGCCUCCUCCACCCAGCCAGCCUCCUCCACCCACCCAGCCUCCUCCACCCAGCCAGCUUCCUCCACACACCCAGCCUCCUCCACCCAGCCAGCUUCCUCCACCCAGCCUCCUCCACCCAUCCAGCCUCCUCCACCCAGCCUCCACCACCCAGCCACCAGCCUCCUCCACCCAGCCAGCCUUUUCCACCCAGCCUCCAUCACCCACCCAGCCAGCCUCCUCCACCGAGCCAGGCUCCACCCAGCCAGCCUCCUCCACCCAUCCACCUCCUCCACCCACCCAGCCUCCUCCACCCAACCAUUCUCCACCCAGCCCCCUCCACCCACCAAGCCUCAUCCACCCAGCCAGCCUCCUCCACCCACCCAGCCUCCUCCACCCAGCCAGCUUCCUCCACACACCCAGCCUCCUCCACCCAGCCAGCUUCCUCCACCCAGCCUCCUCCACCCAUCCAGCCUCCUCCACCCAGCCUCCACCACCCAGCCAGUCUCCACCCAGCCAUUCACCCAGCCAGCCUCCUCCACCCAUCCAGCCUCCUCCACCCAGCCUCCACCACCCAGCCAGUCUCCACCCAGCCAUUCACCCUUCCAGCCUCCUCCACCCAACCAGGCUCCUCCACCCAGCCAGUCUCCACCCAGCCAGCCUCCUCCACCCAGCCAGCCCCCUCCAUCCAGCCAGUCUCCACCCAGCCAGCCUCCUCCACCCUACCAGCCUACACCACCCAGCCAGUCUCCACCCACCCAGCCUCCUCCACCCACCCAGCCUCCUCCACCCAACCAUUCUCCACCCAGCCCCCUCCACCCACCAAGCCUCCUCCACCCAGCCAGCCUCCUCCACCCACCCAGCCUCCUCCACCCAGCCAGCUUCCUCCACACACCCAGCCUCCUCCACCCAGCCAGCUUCCUCCACCCAUCCAGCCUCCUCCACCCAUCCAGCCUCCUCCACCCAGCCUCCACCACCCAGCCAGUCUCCACCCAGCCAUUCACCCAGCCAGCCUCCUCCAUCCAGCCAGCCUCCUCCACCCAGCCUCCACCACCCAGUCAGUCUCCACCCAGCCAUUCACCCAGCCAGCCUCCUCCACCCAGCCAGCCUCCUCCACCCAGCCUCCUCCACCCAUCCAGCCUCCUCCACCCAGCCUCCACCACCCAGCCAGUCUCCACCCAGCCAUUCACCCAGCCAGCCUCCUCCACCCAGCCAGCCUCCUCCACCCAGCCUCCACCACCCAGUCAGUCUCCACCCAGCCAUUCACCCAGCCAGCCUCCUCCACCCAACCAGGCUCCUCCACCCAGCCAGUCUCCACCCAGCCAGCCUCCUCCACCCAGCCUCCACCACCCAGCCAGUCUCCACCCAGCCAUUCACCCAGCCAGCCUCCUCCACCCAGCCAGCCUCCUCCACCCAGCCUCCACCACCCAGUCAGUCUCCACCCAGCCAUUCACCCAGCCAGCCUCCUCCACCCAACCAGGCUCCUCCACCCAGCCAGUCUCCACCCAGCCAGCCUCCUCCACCCAGCCAGCCCCCUCCACCCAGCCAGUCUCCACCCAACCAGCCUCCUCCACCCUACCAGCCUCCACCACCCUGCCAUUCUCCACCCAGCCAGCCUCCUCCACCCACCCAGCCUCCACCACCCUGCCAUUCUCCACCCAGCCAGCCUCCUCCACCCACCCAGCCUCCUCCAUCCAGCCUCCACCACCCUGCCAUUCUCCACCAAGCCAGCCUCCUCCACCCACCCAGCCUCCUCCAUCCAGCCUCCACCACCCAGCCAGUCUCCACUCAACCAGCUCCUCUGUGCUCUGUUGUGUUUGA